AUGGGGCAUCAUCAAGAUAAAAAAAUUUCCACAAGUAUUUCAGCACCACAAUUUGUAGAUGCUGAAAAUAUUGUAAUAGAUAAAAGAGGACAUUGGGUGCCUGAUGAGGAAGUAACCAAUUGUUAUAGUUGCAAUGUUUUUUUUAAUGUCAGGGUAAGAAAACAUCAUUGCCGAGCUUGUGGAAAUGUGUUUUGCUCAAAUUGUUCAGAUAAUAAAAUAAAAAUAAGUGAAUACAGCUAUUCAGAAAAAGUUCGAGUUUGUGAUAAAUGUUUUGUUGAAAGAUCAUCAACACAAACAUUAUUAUUACAAGAAGAUUUAGGAGCAAGAAAACAAAUUAAUCAAGAUUUAAAAAAAGCACUAAGUGAAAAAAUGGCUAUGGUUGAAAGAUUUAAAACCUUUUUAAUAGAAUUUGAUAGUGAAAUUUUAAAUAAUAAUGAUAAUACUAAUGAUGUACAUUCCUUAUUACAAAGAGGGGAACAAGGAUUAAAAGAUUUAAAUGAUAGGAUAAAAUCUUAUGAUAAUAUAAUUGAAAAUCAAAAAAAAGAACUAGAAUCCUUAAAAAAGGAAAAAGAACAAAAAACACAAUUAAAUAAAAUAUUAAAUCAAAGAAAUCAUGAAAUACAACAAAAAAAUUUAAAUAUUAAAAGUUUAAUAAAAGAAAAAAAUGAGUUAACUAUGGUAAAAGAAGAAUCUGAAAGUAUUAUUAAUUCAUAUAAAAAACAAGUUGAAAAAUUAAUUAUUCGAUGUAAUAAACUUGAACUUGAAAAUAAAAAUAAAUCACAAUUUAAUACUAAUCACUCCUUUAGCAAUAAUAGUUCUAUGUCUUUUCGCCAAAAUUCAAAUAAUUUAUACGAUCAUGCAAUGAGUAUAUCCUAUACCGUCUCUCAGGGUCCAGAAGAUGAGCAACCUGAUGAGCAUUGUUGCAGUUAUUGCCAAAGAAAUGGAUGCGCUAUUAUGUGA